UAACCCAGAGGGAGUGGUGGUUGGGGGGCGUGGUUAUAGGUCACUUGGUUUAGGUGCGGUUAAAACAUGUAUCCUGUGUGUAAGUCUCUGUGUUCACUUGUUUGGGAAAGCGCACGAGGAGUCACAAUGUCUUGGAAUCCGUUCUCAGGUGGGGAUGAAACAGUGAAGAAGGAGGAGGCUAAUGAGUCUUUUUGGCCCUGGAGCAGGGAUAAGGAUGAGGAUAAAAAGAAGAAAGACAAGGGUGGAAGUGAGGGCAAAAAGCACAAGUCAAAGAAAGGAGACGGCAAAGAACACAAGAAGACGGACAAGAAAAAAAAGGGAAAUAAGGAAGGGGGAGGAAAAUCAGGAAACUCAUCUUCAUCUUCAUCCUCAUCCUCAUCUUCAUCCUCAUCCUCCAGCAGUGAUGAGGAAUGAUGCUUCCUCGGGGACCGGACUGCUCCGUCAGUCUCUUAUGAUCUUGUCUAUUGACUAAAUGAAUGUUCUGUACCAACUUUUCUUCCUGUCGUUUCAUUGGUGUCUUAGAAACAUGCUGUUCUUGUGUAAACAAAUCCGCUGAUUCCUAAUAGUAAAUGUUCUGACAACAAAAUGCUAAAGAUUUUCUGUCAAGUAAAGUGUAUUUUCUUCACCACAGUGUUAUUUAUUUUUAAGGUCAAUCAAAGUUAAAAGUCCAAGUAGAUUAAAGCAGAUUUAUUUUCAUGAUUUAUAUUUUAAGAGUACAACAAAUACAGACAAAGUUAUUGUUUGUCAUUGUAAUUAAUUUAAUCAAUUUUGUUGAAAAAGAAUAAAUAAAUUAAUUGUAUUUAAUUUAGUCACUUCACAAUGAUAAGUGUCAAAUAGUUAAAUAGCUCUUUUGGACUGAAACUAUUGAAAAUUGAAAAUCUCGGUCCUCAGUGAAUGUGCUUCAUUUGACCUGAGCUGACAAAUCAUAUGAUAUGACAUACAAGCUGUUCCACAUUCUCUAACAUGAGUUUUCAUUGUUACUAUAGAUAGAUAAAGUACACACUGUUCCCCAUUAUUUUAUCAUCAUUAAAAAACACAUACGUAUACCUAGAGUAACACCCUUCUGCCCAGGCGUAACCUUUUAUCCCCAGCAACAACAACAACAACAACAACAACAACAACAACAACACUAUACCCUUUCAUGCAUGAUUUAUGACAACUUCAGUCUGGAUUUGUUUUCUUCAGUGGUUUUAUUCCUCCUUAGGAAUGAAAAAAAAUUUUUUUUUAAAACAAUUUUUUCAAGGAGUUUUUCCCAUGUCCACCUGGGUGGACAGCAUGCGUUUGAGUUUCAACUAAAGAAAAAUGUAUUAAACAACAAACCAAUGAAUAAAUUGAUAUAUUAUGUGGAAACUAUGA